AUGUAUGUAAAGCUAGAGAACACAAGACUGGAUUUUUUCCGUCAAAAUCAAGCUGCCAUUCGUGCUGAUCUUUAUCAGGGAAUUCUUGAUUGUUUUGAAAGCGGAGAAAAUAAUUCUGCAAAUGUGGGUCAUUAUGUCAUAUUACCCCCUUCUUUUUUGGGUGGUCCUAGAGAUUUACGUAGUAGAUACUUGAAUGCAAUAACUUUGGUGCAGCGGUUUGGAAAAUCAGAUUUGUUCAUAACUAUUACAUGCAAUCCUAAUUGGCCAGAGAUUAAACAAGAACUUGCUCCUGGAGAGCUUGCCCAAAAUAGGCCAGAUUUAAUUGCAAGGGUUUUCCAUGCAAAGUUAAUUGCUCUUAAGAAGCAAAUCAUGGAGGAGAAAAUUUUUGGAGAGGUUGCUGCAUUGAUAUAUGUUGUUGAGUAG